GACAUAUUGACGUUUGGUCGUGCAACUUGAGUAUAACCUAAAAAACAAUUCCAUGCAUUUUAUUAGAAUAAUAACUAUCAAUUGUUAAGAAAAAUGGGUAAAAAAAGCAAAAAAAAUCAUAAGACACAGGAGAGUAACCCAGUAUCCGACGAAGAAAAACUACAGCAAAUAGAAAAUGGUGGUUUUCCUUCAGAAACCAACAACAGUUCACAUUCAGUGAAAAAAUCAAAAAAGAAACGAAAACAAGACUUAAAUAGUAGUAUAGAAGAAGAUACACCUGCACCAAUCAACAUUGAAGAAGUACAAGCCGGUACGGACAACAAUUUAAAUGAAGAUGAAAUACAAAUCCCAAAGAAAAAAAAGAAGAAAAAUAAGGUAUUAGAAGAAGAUGUUAAACCACAAAUAGAUAAGGUUACUGAAAUAGAAGGUCAAGAACAAAAAGAUAAAAAGAAAAACAAGAGUAACUCAACAAAUGAGGUUAAAAAUGAAGAAGAGAUAGUACCCAAAACUGAGCAUAACGAGGCCAAGAAAAAAAACAAAAAGAAAAAAAGUAAGGCAAAGACGGGGACUGCUGCUUUAAAUGAUGAAGAAGCGCAAGUGACAGAGGAAGAUAUUGACAAGUUCAUUGAUGAAUUGGAUGAAGAAGACAACAAGCAAUAUGAAGACUGGGUCAAGUUGCUAGAUGCCAGGCUUAGUAAGAAAAUAAAAGAUGUGUAAAUAAUCUUUACAGUACAGAUGGUGUGCGAGAAGUGGUUCAUUAUAUGCCAGGUCGAAACUUCGGAGGGUAAUCUAUACUGAAAGAUGUCAUACGAUACACAUUGGGAAAAGGAAAUUCGUAACUUGAGUCGAUUUAAAACACUCCCUUUGGUAGUGUUUUAAUAUAUUGCCACUCAUCUCGAACUUCCUUUUUUAUGCACUUGUAUCGUAAUGUAUGUUGGUAUUUUAAGGUUUUUAAGCCAAUGGUCACAGCUGCGUGGAAAAAGUAGUCAUAAUUUUCUGCAUUCAUUUUAGGUAUAAUUUUUUAAUGAAAGAACCACUUUGUUUAGGUAUCUAUACACUGCUUAUGCUGCUAAAUAUUAACUAUAAGGUCUCUCUUCUCACUAUUAUUAAAGGUAUGAUUCUGGAGUCAUACCUAUAGGUAAUUAAAUUUUAUUUUUAGUAUUUU